UUAUGUUUUUCAGAUUAUGAUGACGAGGGAGGUGAGAAAGAACGGCCGAGAUACAGGGCACAUGUCACUCAACUCGCUGCCCCCAAAAUACCUGAGGGAGAGAGGGUGGAUUUUGAUGACAUUCACCGCAAAAGGAUGGAAAAGGACCUCCUCGAGCUGCAGACUUUGAUUGAUGUUCAUUUUGAGCAGAGGAAGAAGGAGGAAGAGGAGCUGAUUGGACUUAAAGAGAGAAUUGAAACUCGCAGAGCAGAGAGAGCUGAGCAGCAGCGGGUCAGAGCCGAAAAAGAAAGAUACCGACAAACAAGGAUUGCGGAAGAGAGGCAGAGGAAGGAGGAGGAAGAGGCGAAGAAGAGGGCAGAUGAUGAAGCCAAGAAGAAAAAGGUGCUCUCCAACAUGGGCGCACAUUUUGGUGGCUUCCUGGCAAAAGCUGAGCAGAGACGAGGCAAAAAGCAAACAGCACGAGAAAUCAAGAAGAAAACACUGGCUGAAAGACGCACCCCACUGGCCAUUGAGCAUCUGAGAGAGGAUGGACUGAGGUCCAGAGCCAAAGAGAUGUGGGAGCGGAUCUACCAACUGGAGUCAGAGAAGUUUGACUUGACAGAGAAAAUGAAGAGACAGAAAUAUGAGAUAAACGUCCUUCUGAACCGAAUCCAGCACGCUCAGAAAUUCAAAAAAUGCCAUGGGAAGGGGAAGGUUGGAGGACGAUGGAAGUAA